AUGGAUAAAACAACUGCGGGUGAUGUGAUAAAGGAACUGUCGGUUAUGUUUAGCCGAUACGGGAUUCCGGCAUUGCUAAAAGCUGAUAAUGCUCCACAGUUCAGCUCGGAAUGCAUUGAGUUCAAAGAGUUCUGUGAUUCACACGGCGUGAAGCUUUCGAACACAAUUCCGUAUUGGCCUCAAUCGAACGGGGAAGUCGAGCGACAAAAUCGUUCCAUCCUCAAAAGGCUUCGCAUUGCGCAUGAGCUUGGACGUGAUUGGAGGGAAGAACUAUGCCAUUACUUACUAACCUACCACUCCACUAAACAUCCCACAACUGGGAAGUCCCCUGCUGAGAUCAUGUUUGGGCGUCGCAUCAAGAGUAAGCUACCAACAAUCUCGACUUUUCAAGAAGAGGCGGAAGUGAGAGAAAACGAUGCUAUAAUUAAACAAAAAGGUAAAGAGUAUGCAGAUAGGCGACGUGGAGCAAAGGAGAGCGAAAUAGAAGAAGGAGAUGAAGUGUUGGUAAAACGGAUGAGGAAAUCGAACAAGCUUGAUACAGAUUUUGCGAAUGAGGAAUUUGUCGUUUGUCAUAAGAAAGGCACAGAUACAAAACUUCAGCUUCCAGUCCAGCCGGAACCUACAGAUGGCAGUGGAUCAGACGCACUGUGGGAGAAUGUCGCUCACUCAGAACCUGCACCUGAUGUAGAAGCAGUUAUUCCUGGAUCCGAAGUGAUUACUCCAACCGCAUCAACGGAGCGGAUCAGAAAGCAACCAGCGAAGUUCCGUGAUUAUUUGCCGCAUUGA